AUGGCGCUCUCUGUCCUCACAUCAGGCUCUUCUCGGAAGACUUCCUCCUAUAGUGUUGGAGGUGGCGGUGGAGGAUCUGUUAGACUAUCAAGUGGUGUAGGGUUUAGUGGUAGUUCCAAGUUCGCUGGAGGUUAUAGUGGAGGAGGUUAUGGUGGAGGAGGUUAUGGUGGAGGAGGUUAUAGUGGAGGAGGUUAUGGUGGAGGGAGCCUGGCUGGAGGAUAUGGAGGUGGCAAGGGUGGUGGCUUUGCCAGUGGCAGUUUUGCAGGUGGCAGCUUUGCAGGUGGCAGCUUUGCAGGUGGCUUUGGCAUGGGGGGAGGAGAUGGAGGUCUCCUCACAGGCGAUGAGAAGCACACUAUGCAGAAUCUUAAUGACCGCCUUGCUAACUAUUUGGGCAAAGUGCAUGCUCUUGAAGAGGCAAACGCUGAGCUAGAACUCAAAAUCAAGGAAUGGUAUACCAAAUUCAGUACUCCUGACACUGAUCAUGAUUACAGCAAGUAUUUUACCAUCAUUGAAGAUCUUCGGAACAAAAUAUAUCAACAUACAAUUGAAAAUGCUGGGAUUAUUUUACAAGUUGAUAAUGCUCGACUAGCUGCUGAUGAUUUCAAACUUAAGUAUGAAAAUGAGUUGUUCCUACACCAAAGUGUGGAGAGUGAUAUCAAUGGCUUACGCAGAGUCUUGGAUGACUUAACCAUGAGCAAGUCUGACCUAGAGCUGCAGAUUGAGAGCCUGAAUGAGGAACUUCUCUACCUGAAGAAGAACCAUGAAGAGGAAUUGAUGAGUUUCCGAGGAAUGACUGGUGGUGAUGUCACUGUCGAAAUGGAUGCCGCUCCUGGAGUUGACUUGACUAGACUCCUGAAUGAAAUGAGAACUCAAUAUGAAGAACUUGCAGACAAAAACCGGAGAGAGGCAGAAGAACAGUUCAACAAACAGGUUGGAACACUGAGGCAAGAGAUAUCUGCCAAUGUGGACCAACUGAGUUCAAGCAAAAGUGAAAUUACUGAACUGAGGCGCACCAUGCAAGGCUUGGAACUGGAGCUUCAGGCUCAGCUUGCUAUGAAACAAUCUCUUGAAGGUACUUUAGCAGAAACAGAACGAAAUUACUGUGAUCAGCUUGGCCAAAUACAGGUUCAGAUCAGUAGUUUGGAAGAACAACUUCUGCAGAUCCGGUCAGAUAUGGAAACCCAAAACAUCGAAUAUCAGCAACUGUUGGGAAUCAAGACACGUCUGGAAAAGGAGAUUGAGACCUACCGUCGUCUACUGGAUGGAGAAGGGGGGUAA